GGAAACCCGACGCUCUGGGCCCCCGAGCUGCGCGGGGCUGCUCCGCGCUGGCCGCCGCUCGGGCCGACCGGGAGCGCUGGCUGCGAGCUCUCCGAGCGUCGGUUCAAAGACGACAAGCAUGGAAAAUGGUAAUUCUUCAGGCUUUUAUUACGAAAUCCCAAAUGUGGGCAUCUCCCAAAACCAGCCGGUGGCGAGCAGCUGCACCCCUGCUGCCAGCGAGGACUUGAUCCUGGAGAGCUCCAGGACGAUGGAGAUGUUCUUCAGCAAGAGGGACGUCCCAGAUUCCCCAGAGGAGGAGGAGGAGGAGUCCCAGGGUCCCCCCAGGGAGCAAGACCUGAAGGAGGCCUACAUCCAGCUGGUGCAGGGCAUGCAGGAGUGGCCGGACGGCUGUGUGUACCGAGGGGACUUCGGGCUGGACACAAAGCUGGGGCACGGAGAAUUCUCUUGGCCCACGGGCGAGUCUUACCGGGGGCAGUUUUACCGGGACCACCGCCACGGGCUGGGCACGUACCUGUGGCCCGACGGCUCCAGUUUCACGGGCAUGUUCUACCUGAGCUCCCGAGAAGGCUACGGCACCAUGUACCUGAAGACGAGGCUCUUCCAGGGACUGUACAAAGCAGACCAGCGGUUUGGGCCGGGCGUCGAGACCUACCCCGACGGCAGCCAGGACGUCGGGCUGUGGUUUCGGGAGCACCUCAUUAAGCUGUGCACGGAGGUCCCCGGUGGCUUCUCCAUACACAGCUACCCAGAGUACUCGGCCUUCCUCACGCGCUCUCCCGCUAGCAUCAGUCUCUCCGACGAGGAGCGCGUAGAGCGGGAGCCGCACGAGGGAGAGGACCCCUUUUACUACGACUACAAGCGCUUCCUCCUGGAUGAUGACCUAACUCUGCCUCCAGAAAUGUACAUUUACUCCACCGACAACAGCCACCUGCCUGUGACCUGCUCUUUCCGCAAAGAACUAGAUGCCCGGGUCUUCCUUAACGACAUCCCCCCGUUUGUUGAGGACGGAGAACCCUGGUUCAUAAAAAAUGAGACCCCUUUGAUGGUCAGAAUCCAGAAGCAAGCUUACAAGUACAGGAACAAGAGGGCUCACGGCAGCUGGGGCAUGGGCGCCGUGCUGGAAGGGGACCGGAGCGGCUUUGCGCGCUGCGGGCCCAAGGAGCGCUUGGCCGAGGACAUGAUCCUGAGGGCCCGGGAAGGGAGCUACGACUGGGUCUACGGGAUCCUCCGGGACGGGCUCGCCAGCGCCGACGUGGCCGAUGCCAAGGGCUACACCGCGCUUGCCGCGGCUGCCCUCCACUGUCACAACGACAUUGUCAACCUUCUGCUGGACAACGGGGCCGACGUGAACAAGUUCACGGAUGAGGGGCUCACGGUGCUCAGCAUGUGCUUCCUUCUCUACUACCCAUCCCGGUCCUUCAAACCCAACAUCGCCGAGCGCACGGCGCCCAAGCCCCAGAGGAGGCGGCGGCACGUGCAGGAGCACGCGUGGACCGUCGCGCAGACCGAGGCGUCGCCAGCUCGCUGCGCACCCGCCGCGUCCACUCGCCCGCCGGGCCCCAGCCGUGCUCACCUUCAGGAAGCCCCGAGUGUGCCGGUGAACCCCAGCCGCUCCUCCUCACUCCCCGAAGCCGCCAAGGAGCCCAGUUUGGAGGAGUGGGUGCCCACGCCCGGCAGCCAGGAGCAGAGGUCCGUGGUGUCGGGCAGCGAGGAGGACGGCCUCUCCGCGGGCACGCAGCCGUCUCGAGAGUCCCCCGACCCGGGGGGCAACCCUCAGAAGUGGGAGCCUGUGUCGCCGCGGGGCAGCGUCAGCGACCUGGAGAAGGGGAUGGUUGGCGUGGCGGGGAGUCCGGACAGGUGCACGCCGGGCAGCCAGGAGAUGGACUUCGAGUCCGACGUCUGCGUGCACAACUACACCAUCGAGCUGUCCCAGGACCUGCUGGAGAAGAGCGCCCAGGCCCACAGCACGCUGAAGAGCCAGUCCCUCGGCGCCACCGGCUCGGUGAAGGGCACCAUGAGGAGGAUGGCCCUGGCCAUGAUUGAACGCCGAAGCCGGUGGCAGACCAUCAAGCUCCUCCUGCGCCGGGGCGCGGACCCCAACCUGUGCUGCGUGCCCAUGCACGUCCUGUUCCUCGCUGUGAAGGCCGGGGACGUGGCCGGGGUGAGGCUGCUGCUGGAGAACGGCGCUGGGACGGACAUCCGGCUCCCCACCGAGCUGGGGGCCCUUACCCCGCUGCACAUCGCAGCCGCCCUGCCGGGGGAGGAGGGCGUCAAGGUCACGGAGCUGCUGCUGCACGCUGUCACGGACGUGGACGCCAGGGCGGCCGACCAGGACGACGUGUACCAGCCGGGCAAGCUAGACCUGCUGCCCUCGAGCCUGAAGCUCAGCAACGAGGCAGGCCCCGCCAGCGUCUACCACAGCCAGCGCGCCUCGGCGCCCGACGAGGGGGGCAGGACGGCUCUGCACGUGGCCUGUGAGCGCGAGGACAGCUACAAGUGUGCCAGGGACGUAGUCCGGCUCCUCCUCUCCCACAAAGCGAACCCCAACAUGCUGUGGAGCGGCCACUCCCCACUCUCCCUGUCCAUCGCCAGCGGGAAUGACCUGAUUGUGAAGGAGCUGCUGUCCCACGGAGCCGACCCCAACCUGCUGCUGACCAAAGGCUUGGGCAGCGCCUUGUGUGUCGCCUGUGACCUCACCUAUGAGCACCAGAGGAGCACGGACAGCAAGCUGGCCCUGAUCGACCAGCUGAUUAAGUAUGGGGCCGACAUCCUGAGGCCGGUGAGGCUGACGCAGGGGGACAAGGUGGCUGUGGGCACGGCCGUCGACUACGGGUAUUUCAAGUUCUAUCAGGACCGGAAGAUCGCCCACUGCCCCUUCCACAUGCUGACGCCGGCAGAGCGGGAGGUGUUCGUGGCGCGGAAGAGGCUCCUGGAAUACAUGGGCUUCCAGCUGCGCCGCGCCGUCUUCGCCAAGGAGAGCCAGUGGGACCCGAAGGUGCUGAACCUGAGCAAGAGAGAGCACUGCCCUGGCCACUGGGCCUCUGUGCCCCAACACACCUGGACCUCUGCACCUGGCUGCCCCACCCCUGCACCUGGCUGCCCAACCCCUGCACCCUGGCUGCCCGCCCCCCACCCCAGCAUCCUGGCUGCUGGCAGCCAGACCUUGGAAUGAAAGAAUGGUUUAACAACAACAACAAAGUCAACAUAACACCAUAUUAUUAGACUGAAGAAGAAAGAUCACAUAAUCAUUUCAAUUGAUGUAGAAAAAGCAUUUGACAAAACCCAACAGCUUUCGUGAUAAAAGACAUACAGCAAACAAGGAAUGGAGGGGCCCUUGCCUACCUGAUUAGGGGCACCUACGAAGGGGUCCAGCUGACUCAGACUCCACGGUGGCCGUUUGGGGCCCACCGUGUGCUGCUUUCUCCCUAAGUCAGGGAGGCUGCUUUCUCCCUAAGUCAGGGAGACGACAGGAAUGGGUUCUCUCUCCAUUUGUUGGGCGUUGUGCUGGCGUUGCGUUGCUGGCCAGUGUAACUAGGCAAGAAAAAGAAAGUCAUUCAGAUUGGAAAGGAAAGACUUAAGCCAUCUCUCUUUGCAGAAAUUAUCUUGCAGAUUGAAAAUCUGGAGAAUCCACUUUUUAAACUGAGACUAAUAUUAAACUAAAUAUAUAAAUAUUAAAAUAUCACUAUAAAUAUAAAACAAUUACGCUAUUAAAACUAAGGAGUGCGUUUAGUAAGGUUGCAGAAUAUAAGAUCAAUAUGCAAAGAUCAACUGCAUGACUAUAGCAUUGCAGCAAGCAAACCAAAAAAGGGAUUCUAAAAAGUUUCGUUUACAGUAGCGUCAACAGAAAUAACAUACUGGUGAAUAUGUUGAACAAAAGCAGUUCAACUUACUCUCUAAAAACUACGACACGGUGCUGAAGUUAAAGGAGGCCUCAGUACAUGGGAGGAUAUUUCCUUAUCAGAAUCCCACUGCCGCCUUUGUACAAAUUGGGAAGCUGAUUUUAAAAUCC